AGCCGGAGAGUGUUUAUCAAACACGCACUGGAUCCGCAUCGUCCCUUCCCUAAUGACUCUCAGCGUCAUUCAGGAAUGUUCAGCGGACUAUCACAGUCAGACAGGCGCACUGGUUGUGGGUGAUCCAACGGUUGGCAGGGUAUACAACAAGGAACGUCUCAGGACCUUUGUACCAUUACCUGGCGCAAGAAAGGAAGCACAUGGGGUUGGUCAAAUCCUGGGCGUUCAACCUUUGUUGGCAGUGCAUGCAACAAGGGAGGCCGUGCUGCAAGCCAUACCAUUAGUGAGCUUGAUACAUCUGGCUGCACAUGGGGAGGCUGAAAGAGGGGAAAUUGCCCUUUCCACUAAUGGUUGUACCAAACGCUUUCCCGAGUAACAAGACUUCCUUUUGACAAUGUCUGAUAUUUCAAACAUUCGAGUGCGUGCUAAACUUGUUGUACUAAGCUGUUGUCACAGUGGGCGUAGACUGAUCAAAGCUGAGGGAGUCAUUGGAAUCGCCACAACGUUCUUAGCAUCCGGUGCACGUUCAGAGCUAGCCACAAGGUGGGCUAUAGACGACGAAGCAACAGAACAGCUCAGGAAGCAUUUCUACCAACACCGAGACCGUGGAGAAAGUGCCAGUGAAUCUCUUCACCAGGCGCAGGAAGUGGCUCAGAAGCAACGGCUUCAACAAAACUUCCCAGUGGGCCCCACUUAUGCUGGUGGGAGGAGAGAAGAACCAACUCCAAUGGAAAAGAAUGACAGAGACAAUGAACACAAAAACAACUGAUUCUUUCAUGAAGAUUCUUCUUCUUGUCAAUUGUCCUACGGAAGAAACUGGUGAUAUUUAACACAAAAAGUUUUAGUCUGAUUCCGUUGCAAUAGUUGUUUUGCAUCCCUUUGUUCACAUGGUGUAGUUGAGAGAGAGACUCUGAAGUGUGCUACUCAUUUGUAACAUUUAACAGGUGUAUUAAUGAAUGGGACAACAAUGACCAGGGAUGGAUAAAUUGAAGACAGGAAAUCAGCUAAAUUUUUAAGAAGCGUAAAUUGUACCUGCCAUUCUUUGGGAUAUCAAUCAAUGUUCUCCCCCUUGCCAAAAGCUUCUUUUAGGAGAAAGGUUUUCAUGACAUUCAGAAAGAAGAGCCAGGGGAAAAUUUCAGGUGGUGACCCACAGUUUCUGUUUUAAACAUUCAUUUGAAAAUGAGUGCUGGAAAGGAGCAGUGAUCUUAAAAGAAUUGUCAAGAGUAGAUCCCUUAUAAAUACAGAAAUUGGUAACUUAAU